UGUCAUAUGUGUCAGUGCCGGCCGGUCAGAUUCCUCGCUAGAAAAGUAAAUAAAAUGCCCCUGAAAGCGGCUUUAAUCGACUUGAGUGGUACCUUACAUGUCGAGGAUGAUCCAACCCCUGGUGCAGUUGAGGCCUUGGAAAGGCUUAGGAAAACAAAUCUUCACAUCAAAUUCGUAACGAACACAACCAAGGAAUCUCGGGACACACUCUACCAACGUUUAGUAAAAAUUGGCUUUAAGAUGGAGAAAAGCGAAAUAUUCAGUUCCCUGAGUGCAGCGGCUGCUUAUAUAGAAGAUAAAAGAUUGAAUCCUUGCUAUCUUGUUGCGGAUGACGCUCUAAAGGACUUGCCACCAGCGAAUCCCGAGAAAUUUGAUGCUGUUGUGGUCGGUUUGGCGCCAGAUGCCUUCAACCAUGAACGCCUAAAUGUGGCAUUCAACGUAUUAUUGAAGAAGCAUCCCCUAAUCGCAAUUCAUCAAGGAAAAUAUUACAAGCGAAAAGAUGGUCUAGCUGUAGGCCCUGGAUUUAUCGUUAAAGGUUUAGAGUACACAGCGUCGACUACUGCUACUGUUAUUGGAAAACCAACUAAAUAUUUCUUUGAAAGUGCAAUUCCGGCUGGCGUCGCGCCCGAGGAAUGUGUUAUGAUUGGUGAUGACGCGUAUGAUGAUGUGGUUGGAGCUAUGAAUGUUGGAAUGAAGGGAAUUCUUGUUAAAACAGGGAAGUAUCUACCAAGUGUAGUCGUCGAUCCCCCACCUACUGCAACAUUAGAAAAUUUUAGUGCCGCUGUCCAUUGGAUAGAAGAGGAAUUAAAGAAAAAUUAAUUAGUUUUCUUUAGGCUUAAGAUGAGAGCAAAUAUGCAUACAAAAAGCAUCAAAUGUAGUUCAAAAACGAUAUUUAAAAAAAAUAUUUGUUUAAGAACGCAACGCACUGGAUAUUCAUACAGUAUAGAGCUGGUAGCUGGUAUGUAUGAUAUUAAGCCUUUGUAAAAAUAGCAUUUAAAUACUAUAAUAUGGGUGAAUGAAAAUAAAUGCACUCAAAC